GUUGCGUGUGCCUGGUCUUGAUGGUGAUUUUUUGAUGUCUGUGGACACCGUGACGCCGUGACGCCUGUCAUAUCGGAUUAGUCGUGGAUUGUUUCUACCGCUCUGAUCUAGAGGGUUCCACAGGGUGUUGGAGGCGAGGGUCUUUCCAAGUCUACCCCUAAGGCCAAAGCAGAGCCAGCUGGUCUUCCCCGACAUGAGGAGGAGGGGAGCCUUGAGCAAAAGGAUGGGCCCCAGAUCGGUGUCUGCGCCCUCCUUGUUGGUCCUCCCCCCCCUCUCUCUUCUUCCCUCUGCGUUGCCCUCCCGCACCUCCUGCGGCGGCCCGUCUGCCAGCAAGCUCGUGACGGGCCCACGGGCCACCCCUUCCCCCCGUCCUCAGGGCGCGCGCGCACCGUAAGGCGGACUUCCCCGACGACGUGUGCUUCAGGCGCAUGCGUGCGGCUCGUACCAUGUCAGUGCCACCGUGCACCGCGCCGUGGAACGAGGAUUGGCUGGUUCGGCAUCCACUCGUUCUUGCACUCAUUGCCAGGUACCUCCGCAACAGCAUUGAUUGCGCAGACGAAGGCGCGGCGCAGAUGAGGCUCGCGGAGUGGAUCGCCUCAGGCGCGCCAUUGGACGAUUUCCUCGGCGGCCCGCUCGGUGGCGGCCGAGCAGUCAUGGACCUGACGGUGGUGGUUGACACGCCGGCUGGGGCCCCGGCGCAGACGAGGCACCGGGACACCAUCGUGCCGGGGCCGUGCGCCUCCAUCGGCGUGCACAUACCGCUGACGCGGCUGCAGGCCGCACCAGUCAAUGGUGCAAUUGGCUUCUCGGCAAGGUCACACGUGCUCGAUAUGCGCGAGGGCGAGCAGAAGAUUGACCUGGUGGGCGCCGUGCCACAGGGUUCCGUCAUCCUGUACGACUCCUUCUUGGAGCACCACGGCCUCGAGAACGGCAGCGACGCGCCCAGGGCGGCGCUGUUCUCCUGGUAUCGGGUGCCCGGCGUUUACACGGGGCACACCGACGAGAAUUUCGGGGAGUUGGGACUGCGCCGGACGAUGCAGCUGCGCAGGCUGGUGCAGGAGCGGCUCCAGGAGGCCAUCGCCGCAGCGCGCGCCGAGCACCCGGAGCACUCCGCGACGGGGUUGUCGGGCGCGACAGGCGCCGCGGAACCGCACUGGGGGUUCCCGGCCGGCGCCCCGCUGGUGGAGUGGGGCGAGGAGCGCACCUCGCGGCGCGGUGCCCCGCAUGGUGGCCUUUAGGCUGGGGGCGCUCAGAGGGGUGUCCCUGGCGUCUUCGGGACGUCUUUGUCGGUUCUGCAGUGGUUUUCUGGCCCUGGGCUGUGUUCCAGCAGCUGCGCCUCGCCGAGAUCGUUUCGGGUGCCGGAUUCGCGCCGAACGGCCGCCAGAGAGCCGAGUUACGACCCGAAGGCCAGGCCGACCACGCGCAACAGUGGCCUUUGAUGCGGGCCCGCAGGGUGCCACCCCAGCACCGGCUUGCGACGGAUGUCACCUUUGUCUUAGGGCCACUCUGGCGUGCAGCCAACGCACAGGGUGUCCACGAUUCUGUACGGCCGGCUGCGUCGCGGCUUUCGGGGGGACGUGGCAACCCAAUGCAACAUGUUCAUUCUCCGCCGAAGUGUCUGGGCUCCAGCUGGCACUUGCUU